ACUCGUAUCGUUCUAUCACUAUUUGCUACUCAGCUAAAAAAGCAAAGGCGGUUAACAUCUGCAUUCUCGAUUCGUGGCCAUGUAUUUGUUAGAGCUCAACCGAAAACUGAUGCAAUCAAAGUGACAGACGUGAAAAGCAUGGAAAGUAUAGCAGCUCUUAGCAAAUAUGCAAAGAUGUCACAACAUCAACUAUUUUCACCAACAUCACCGUACAAGGUAACACCAAUGCAAGAACACAAUGACGAAAAUGUUCUUACUCCUUUUCGGAAUUGGUCGCAAUAUAAUUCCGGCAUUAGCGGAGCACCGAACCAAACAGCAGCAAAUUUAUUAACAGAAGUUGCUACUUUGAAACGAAAGAUGGAUGAAGAAGGGGAAAAGAGUGAGGCGAGACAUAAGGAACUGAUGGAACAAAAUGAAAUUUUUUACCAACAAGCGAAGAAACAAGACCUGUUGAUAAAGAGAAUUGCAGCACAGUGUUUUCCGGAUUCAGUUGACUUUAAAAUUAUUCCGUUCGGAUCGGUUGAGGAAAUAAAGAAUGUGGAAGCAAAUUUAGAGAAUUAUCCUAAAGGAGAGAUGCUGGCAUACCUAAAGAUGCACCUGGGAAGAGACGAAAUUGCCAAAUGUAUUCCUAUACUCUUAACGGAGCAACUGUUGCUAGACAUUAACUGGUGUUUGGUAAAUUGAAUUGAAAUUAUUAAAGUUUAGAAAAGUGUAACUCGUUCUUUUUUGCGGAAGCUAUAAAGAAGAAAGAGAUGUCUUUUCCCGAUUUCGAAACGGAAAUACGAAAAGGUAAAGAAAGGCAAAAAACAAAGUUUACAAAACCGCCGCCAAGAAUAAAGAAAAAUCUACUGUAUAAUA